CAAUUGCGCAUGUGCUAACAGUCAGCACGAUCAAGAGUAGCAGCCUUAAUGCUGAGCAACAUUUCAUGGAAAAAUGUGAAUAACACGUGAACAUCGCAGUUCAAAUAUAACCCGUUUAUUCGUAUCGUUGUGGGAUUUUCCUUUUUUCUCUCCCAAGUAAUAAGAAAUUGCUUUCAUUGAUAACUACCGCACUGCGCAGUGACGGUUGGGGGAAGUUCACAAUUGGAGUAGCUACCCCAGACGCCGGCGGAGUGUCUGUUACAUCAAACGCUGUAAAAAGCUACUUCAGAGCAGAGCAUCCACAUUUGCGUGUUUUCAUAUCUUUAGGGACAGACAUCAUACAUUUCUUAUAGUGGAGAAGUAAUUGAAAAACAUAAAUAUUUUUCUUCUUGUUUCAAAAAUGGCCGCAGCAAUGGUGGAAAUGGACGGAAGUAUAAUGGAGGGUGGCGGGCAAAUUUUGAGAGUAUCUGCCGCACUGAGUUGCAUCAACGGCGCUUCCAUCAGAAUAAACAAAAUUCGCGCAGGUAGAGGUACACCAGGAUUAAGACCACAGCAUCUGUCAGGGUUGGAGUUGGUGAGGGACAUUUGUUGUGGAAAUCUUGAGGGAGGCUCAGUGGGAUCUACAGAAGUCACACUCACCCCUGGGAAAAUAAAAGCUGGGAAUCACACCGCAGACCCACAAACGGCAGGGAGUGUGGGGCUGCUGCUGCAGGUCUCUCUACCCUGUGCCCUGUACGCUGAUGGCCCCUCUGAGCUCUGUCUGAAGGGGGGCACCAACGCGGAUAUGGCCCCGCAGAUUGACUACACCAUCAAGGUAUUCAAGCCCAUUGUGGAGAAGUUUGGUGUACAUUUCAACUGUGACUUGAGAAUGAGGGGCUACUACCCCAAAGGCGGAGGUGAGGUGGUGGCUAAGGUUAGCCCAGUGAGCGAGCUGAGCCCUGUCAACAUGACCGAACGAGGAACCAUCUCCAAGAUCUAUGGAAGGUCCUUUGUUGCUGGGGUUUUACCCUAUAAGCUUGCCAAGGACAUGGCCACGACUGCAACAAGAGUUAUCAGGCGAGAGAUAAAGGACCUUUACAUCAACAUUCAAACACUGCAGGAGAAGGACAUGGCCUGUGGAAGCGGCAACGGCAUCAUAAUCAUCGCAGAGUCUUCCACAGGCUGUAUUUUUGCAGGGUCAGCUCUUGGCAAGAAAGGUGUGUACCCAGACAAAGUGGGCUUUGAGGCUGCAGAGAUGCUGCUCAGGAAUAUAAGGCACAACGGCUGUGUGGACGAGUUUCUGCAGGACCAGCUCAUCCUUUUCAUGGCCUUGGCAAACGGCAUCUCCAGAAUCCGCACUGGCCCAGUCACCCUACACACAAAGACUGCAAUCCAUGUGGCAGAACAGCUCACCCAGGCCAAGUUUACAGUGACCAAGGCAGAUGACGAGAAUGCCAGCAAUGACACCUACAUCAUCGAGUGCCAAGGAGUGGGUGUCACCAACCCUCAUUUCUAGCCACACCCAUGUGUCUAACCGCCCCUUUUAUGUUGUCUCCACCUGCAGCCGUGGAUAGAAGAGGCACUGGAGACACUACUGUGAUGUCACCUAACGGUCAGAUGCUGCUUCUAUUUAUAUUAGGAUUUAUUGUGGCCCUCGUGGCACGAUAUUCAAGCAAAUGAAUUAUUGGUUUACAAACGCACAGCCACAUGACAGUUGGUCAUCGUUGUCUUUUCCCCCUAUUGCAUUAACUGUCAUUACCCUCGUAGCUUGUAUAACUCAGGGUAUUAAUGCCUUACACUGUUAUAAUAAAAACAUUAGAUUUCUGUGUAGAAGGGGUGUACGUUUCAGCAGUCUCAGUGCAUACAGGCUUUUAUGGCAAAAAACAAACAUUGUUCAUGGUCUCUGUCCCUAGUUGAUCAUUCUAGUUCCAUUUUGCUUCAUACGGGGAGGAUUUCUGUAUUUUGAAAGAUAUGUCUUGAAAAAGUGAUUGCUGAAAAGCAAAACAUUUUGGGGCUAUGACAACAAUGGACUAAUGAAACAAAUACCAAUAUGUUGUUUUUGGGUGGAGUUUUCCUUUAUGUCAAUUGUUUCACUUAUUAGAAUUUUUUUUUGGUGCAUUGUUUGUCACUCAGGUAAUGCAGAUUAGACUGCAGAGUUGUGUUGACUACUGUAUUAGUCAGAUAAUGUUUAAAAGACAAUGUGGAGAUUUGUUUUCCACAUUGUUUUGAGAAAAUAUGAAUAAAAUACCUUAUUUUUGCCUUCUCUGAACAAAAGAUGAUCUUGAGUAAAGGAUUUCUGACAUAUCAUGGAUUGAUUCAGAUAUCUUCUCACCCCCAGAAAUGUGUAGCUGGAUGUCUGUCAUCACUCAUAACCCCUUCAUUGCAUUAAAAAAUUAAAUCCAUGUCUUUACAUAUCAUGGUAGUGAUUCAAACUGUUUUAGUACAGGAGACUAUUUAAUUCCAGUGAAUGACUCGUUCCAGGAAUCUUAAUGUGCUGAAGAGUACAUAGCCAUAGCAUGGAGUUGCUUGUCUGAUAGCUAUUAGGUAUCUAGCUGACCCAGCUUGAUAGCAUGGUCAUGUUAUACUUGCCAACUAAUGAUUCGCCAGCAAGAACCUUUGCUUUUUGCCAUUGCAACUGUUGAGGUGCUUAGUGUUCUUAUUCCAGAUCAUUAGCAGAAAUAGCUGCAGGGUUGUCUGACUGGAAAGCAUGCAGUCAGACACCUUGAGCAUUUCACUGUACUUGUGCAUGUGACAACUAAGUCUUCAGGAGUGAAGUGUAGACCUGUGAAAAACCUUGUGCAACUUCUGUCAGCAAUGUUGAUUUUUCUUCCGCCCGUCUGCAACUACUUGACAACUUUUUCGACAAGCUCUCCAAGUAAUGAGGUCAACUAUGGUGUGUUUUAGCUUUGCUUGUUGAGUGGUUAUGAAAGUGGUGAAUGUGUGAGGGCUUGAGGGUUGACUGCAAGGCUUGUUGCUUAGCUAGUUUUGUGGCCUAAUCUAAUUCUCUUCACUUACCACCAAAUGUGUGGACAUCUCAUUAGUGAAGUUGUUGUGAACAUUGAGCUUUUUCUCAAUCUCCAGUUAUUCACAACCGUAAUCUACGUGUGUUGCUGAUAGUCACCAAUUUCCUAAUUUUAAGCUAUUGUUUUAGAUUGAAACAAUUGUUUUUAUUGGUAGCUCAGUCACUGUAUACCGAUUUUACAGUACAUACAUAACUACAAAUUCUCAUUAAUAAAAACAUAGUCCUAAAGUACUACACUCAUAGCACCACUAUAUAAACUUUAGUCUGCUUUGUCUAUUUCAGGGACACCCCAGGUCCUGGCUAUGUACUCACGGCAGGGGAUAUUGUGUAAUCUUAUCAGUUAUCAUCUUGGCCUGUUUCCUUCCAUCUUUUCAUCCUUUUUCUCCACCCAUCCUGUUUGUCUGUUCUCAGAUGCAAUAAAAAGUUCCAAACCUUAAA